UCAGAGGGAAUCAAAAUACUGAAGUCAUUGGCGUGUCGCUCAGUGAUUCUCUCAAACACAAACUACUGAAAAAAAAAAAAAAAACGCCUCAAAGGAACCUUAUCCCAACUCACUUGGACUGGAGACAUGACCAAAGAGACUGAGACUCUGGGAGUGGUCUUUCAGAGCGAGAACUUCAACUACCGUUUCAACACAAACUACAUCAUGGACCCUUGGUCCUACCUGGAGAACACCAUGCCAGAGGAGAACCUGUCCAAACCCAGACUGCACCCGGGGGACGACUUAGCAGCCAUCACCAUGCUUUAUGAACAAUGCAAGAGUCAUAAGGAGCCAAAGAUUAGCGCCUGCAAUCGAAACAGUAGCAUCUGCAAAGCAACAGAGAGGACCAAUGACCUGGUUUCUUCGGAGACGUCCGCUAACGUCAUGAAGAUCCUCUCCGACAGCGUCCCAGCCAGCUACUCAUUAGAGGUGCUGGGACCCAAGCAGAGUCCAUCCCUGCCACCCAGCGCUGACACCUACGCGACCUUGACCAGUGUUGCAGCGGACACCGACAAGCAGGAGCUCAAUAUCAUCUUUGACUCUUUGCUGCAAAAGUGGCCUGAGACCAGUACUUUCCCUGACCCCAGUGCAGAGACUCUGACCUACAACGACCCAUUUCCUGAGGACCACUCCAGUCCCGUCUACUCUGGCUCCUACACCGGAUCUCCACCUGAGAGAUACAGGAAUGAGUUCCAGUUCUCCCUGGGCGCUCCUGCGGCGUCACCUUACAAAUCCAGCGAGUUGCCAAUGGUGUACUUGAACAAGGGGCAGUUCUACCCCAUCACCUUGCAGGGCGUGGACAGCAGUGCCUGCAUCACCGCGACUAAAGUCAAGACGGUGGUGAUGGCUGUUUUUGAGAAUGACAAAACCCCGGAAAUGCAGCUCCGCUUUUGGAACCACUGGCACGCACGUCAGCCAACUGUCAAGCAAAGGGUCAUUGACAUCGCGGACUAUAAGGAAGUGUUCAGCGGCAUUAGCAACAUCGAAGAAGUCGCCUUCAAUGCCCUCUCUUUCGUAUGGAACCCCAACGAAGAAGCCAAGGUGUUCAUCGGCAUCAACUCGCUAAGCACGGACUUCUCAUCGCAGAAGGGUGUGAAGGGCCUGCCCCUCAACCUCCAGAUUGACACGUACGACUUCAGCUCGGGAAGCAAUCAGCUCAUACACAGAGCCGCUUGCCAAGUCAAGAUUUUCUGCGAUAAGGGGGCCGAGCGGAAGAUGCGUGAUGAGGAGAGGAAGAGGACCAAGAGGAGGGGGAAGACAGCCAAUGAUGCCAAUGCUAACAAGUCCUUAGUGAGCAGUUCCAUGGGCAGUGACUGCACCUUCUUCCAGACCAUGGAAGACCACAUCACUCAGCCAGUCCUGUUCAUCCCAGAAGCACAUCUAUCCAGCUUUCAGCGCAUGGCCACACCUAUGGACGACAAUGAAAGAAGUUCUCUGAAGAGGUUGUAUUCCGAUCGAGAGCAGAACGGCUCUCCAUCCAGUAAACAAGCCCGCAGAGAAGAUUCCCAAAGAGUUCUGCUGUACGUGAGGACAAGCACAGAGGAGGUGUUCGACGCUCUCAUGCUGAGCACGCCGACGCUGUCCGGCCUACGAGAAGCGAUUUCAGAAAAGUACGGCAUGCAAGAAGACACCAUUGGGAAAAUUUACAAGAAAUGCAAACGAGGGAUUUACGUCAACAUGGACGACAACAUCAUCGAACACUACACCAACCAGUCGGCCUUCCUCAUUGAAAUGUCAGAGGCGGUCAGCGGCCAUUUCCAGGUCACUCUCAUCGAAGUAUGACUCCACUCCAGGAUCACAGCUGUCUCAAAAGCACUACGCCAUCAGUACCAAUCAUACAAAAAAAACCCAAAAACGCCAGCUGUGGACUGACCAACUUCAACAAGAGACCUGGACUUAACUGACCUUUCAUUUUUUCGUAAAUGUUGUCGUUAUUUUUGUACAUACAUGCUGUAUCACCCUCUUGGUUUUUAAUUGAUAUAAUAUUUGAAGCAUUUAUGAUGUUAACCUUGUACAUACUUGUUUGUAAAUAGAUUUUAAUAUGACAGUGUUUUAUUCGUUCAAUUCAUUUUGCGCUAUGUAUUUCAACUGAACGCAGAGCUCUGUAAGCAUGAUUCACAGGGCGUUUUUUUUUUUAUUUUUUUUUUUCAGCAUAUAGCAUUAGCAGGUUUGCUAUUCUCGCUGCUUUAAAUGUACCCGUUAUUUCCUUUAAAUGAAUUUUCGGGGUGUUUUGUUUUUUAUCAUUGUUUUAAAACGCCUGCUAGUAAUGUUUCUCACUGCCGCCUUCUUCUCGUAGGUUCCUGGUAGUUUCACAACAUCUUUCAUUCAGAAACAAACGUCACACAUUUCCCUCCGUAAAACCACACAGAGUUAGUAUUGGUGAUCAUUUUUAGCCCAGUAAACUGUGGACAUUUCCUGUUUGUUUGUUUGUUUUGUUUGGUGUAAGUACAGUGAGUUUUACUGGAAACAGUACGACUGCCUGUGGAUUUUCAUGGUAUGGAUGUAACGUGUAUGUCUUUUUUUUUUUUUUUUU